AUGGAAAUUAAUGUGGAAGCACUUCGUGAAGUGAUCGUUUGCGUUGCCAAUUUAAAACCGAAAGAUAUUACGCUGGCUAAACUGGAAGAAUGUCUGCGACCUUUCUCGGUGGAAGCAUCAAUCGGCUCAGACAGCCUUUGGAAAAUCACUGCCCAAUACUGUACGCUGCUCACUGAAUUUGCCGUCAAGGGCUUGGUGGAAAAGCAAAACCAAUCGGUUGAAAGUGAGGAAGUUAUAAAUCUACAUGAUCUAGCGCACUAUCUUACCAUGAUCGAUCUAGUACGCCAAUUCACCAUUCAUCUUUAUCUGCCACGCGAGCUACGAGGACUAUCCAGCUGUGAAAGCCAACUGAUGGUCGUGGUAGAAGAAAAGGAACGAGUUCGUAGACUUUCGUUCUGUAUUGAUCAUUUUCAACGGUUAUUUGAAAAGAAAAUGCUCGCCGUUCAUCCACGGCUAACCGACACGGUUAUCGAUUUCGUUGCUGGUUGCUACAGUCUCUCCCAGGCAAGUUUGAUGGACAAAUGGCAACAGUUUGCCUUUCCCAAGGAUCUUAUCUUCCGUAGCUUACUGGUGAUAAAAGGCUCCUACGGUCUACCCAUAGAACUUGCCAAAGUAUUACAUACCGAUUUGUUGCAUCUUACUGGAGAACCGGGUGGUUUCUGUGCGCUAUGCAAAACCUUACUCGCGGUUGGCGAUACCAAUGAAAACGUACCGGCGUGGCAGAAAAGUGAAGUAAUUGCCAAAAUCGUAAGCAGCAAGGGACACACGAAGAAAUUUUACCGACAAGUAUUAACGGACUGUUUCGAGUUCUACCGCUGGGCCGUUCAAACAGGCACGCAAGAAGCGUCAACUUAUGCUGCAACGUGUAUCGAAUGUCUGAAACGAUUCUGCCAACUGCCGGCCCCGUAUCGUGAACUUCACUCACUUAUUGAGGAAUAUUUUUUCGGUAUCUUCCAAGAUCUUGCUGGGCCAAAAGAGCUUGUGACGGGAUGCGUGGUUCAAGAGCGAAUAACAUUGAUGAGCAAAUUACACGAAUGCAGUAUGGCGUUUACGGGAUCUACGUUCACAGCAUUGCCAUCGGCGUUAUUGAUACCAUAUCUCCAUCUCUUCCUAAAGAUGAUCUCUGUGCUUCCAUCGACGUACGAAGAACAAACGUAUCUGCACGGCAUGAUCAUAUUUUGUUUAGCCAACCGAUCGAAAUCGGAAUUGCAACAAAUAGUAACGACUCUCUUGCUAAAUCAACCAGAGGGUGAAAUUGGCAAAUAUUUGCUUCAUCCGCGAAUUAUUUUGAAAUAUGUCCCGAAUGACAAUAACUACAGCUUACAAAUUGGUCCUGCAACGAACGACGGAGAUCCUGAGAGCGAUAGUCUUCUGCCAGUACUGGUUGAUGUACUGAAAUCAUCUAAUCGAAACCUGCUACUGUACGAUGUGUUUCUUGUACUGCUAAAUCAGCUUGUGACCGGCAUGUGGACAGACAACUCGUCACAACAGUCCAAUCGGCUGUUAGAUGCCGUCGAGCGUGACGGUUUGCUGUGCGCUCGGUUCCAUCAAAAAUACAUUCUCAUUCAAUCGCUGAUGGAGCUUAUCCACCACAAACAUUUCCAUUCUCAAUUAUACGACAAUCCGGGGGAAGUUUUGGGCAUAUUAACCGUGUCGCUAACAUCGAUCAUCGAUGAUUCUAACGCAUCCGAUAAUGGUGCCAGCAGUUCCGACAUCCUGGAGAUUGUGUUGUCCAUUUUUCAAGAAUUUCUUCAACGCAUUCGCAAUCGAAAUGAGGUAGAAGGUAUUUUGAAGCUUCUUCGCCGGUACCGUAAUUCGACGAGUUGUAGUGAAACGAUGGCAGUUCAAAUCGAUCUGCUUUGUAACGAAACAACAACCGAGCGCGGUGAACUGUCGGAAUCGGCCUGCCAAAAUGCGUUAAACCUUUGCUCGGAUCAGCAACCAUACUGUAAGGUGUACGGAACGACCCUGUUGCUAAAGUUGCUGAAAGAACGCGAUCCAGAAACGUACGUCCAGCGGCAUAAAAUUCUAAUACUGGCACUGGUAAAUCUGCGCGAUGAGGAAAGUUACGCAUUCCUCAACUCGGUCCGCUUGCUGGUGGCGCUCUGUGAUGUGCUAGAGGCGGAAGUUAUCGAUGCGCUUGUGAAGGAGUAUCUUAGCGAGGAGAAUGAUACAGACUUUCGGCUUAAAAUAGGCGAAGCGACGGUGAAGACGGUCGAAACGUUAGGUCCUUUGGCGGUGCGCUAUCGUGAUGUGCUACUGAACUGUUUUCUCACCGGCACGCGUAAUGCCGUUGACGAGUUCCGCACCUCGAGCCUUUCGAAUGUCGGCAGCAUGUGUCGUAUGCUUUCCUACCAAGUGCAUCACUUUUUCUACGAGCUUUUCACAUGCAUUCAAUCGAUCGUAGACACGGAUCGUUAUCUUCCUGCUAGAAGAGCUGCAAUUCUGGUGCUUUCUCAACUACUGGAAGGAAUCGAUAGUUUAAUGGAUUUUCAGGAGUACCUAUUAUUGAUCUAUCGAUUCUUGAAACAUGUUAUCACAACCGACAAUGAUGACGUUACCAAGCUUCAGGCAGCUGUUGCAUUAGAUCAUUUGAAGGCAAAAACGAAAGAUUUUCUUCAGAUAAAGCCAGAUGAUUUGGAAAGACGUAUGUUUGGCAGAGUUAUUUGA